GGUGCGCACUUUGUGCUUCAUCUGUCCGUCAUACAGAUCGCACAAUCGGUCCCGACAUCCCCACUUUCUCUCUCGCGGAAACUUUUCCCGCUGCGUUUGUAACUGCAACGUUAUCGGUUGCAUUCGUGCGUCGUUUUUCCCCGCAUUUCCGGCGGAACUUUUCGACAAGUUGGACUCUCCUCUUACACGGCAGCGUAUACCUCGCAGGGUUCAAAGAUGCCGUUGUCAGAGUUCCGCAAGAAAAAAUUACUCUUCGUCUUCAACGCUUUUUUCGAUGUUAAUGAAAGUGGUACCAUCGACAUAAAGGAUUUUGAUCUCGCCGUCCAACGAAUUUGCAAUUCCAAGCAUUGGAAGCCGGACGAUGCCACAUCGCAACAUAUUAAGGACACUUUGACUAAAGUCUGGGAAGGAUUACAACAACGAGCCGAUGCCGAUCAGGAUGGACAGAUCAGCCGAGACGAGUGGUAUUCGAUGUGGGAAGAGUACGCGAAAGAUCCAGCACAUGCACUCGAAUGGCAACAAAUAUAUAUGAAUUUCAUGUUCGAUCUCGAGGAUUCAUCCGGUGACGGAUCGAUCGACGAGACCGAAUUCAGUAAGGUGUGCAGCAGUCACGGCGUUGACGAGGCCGAGGCACGCGAGGCGUUCAAGAAACUGGGGGUGGGUAAAGAAGUGACUCGCGAAAAAUUCGCCGAUCUAUGGAAGCAAUAUUUCUGCUCCGACGACCCGAACGUACCUGGAAACUUUAUAUUCGGAAAGACUUCUUUCUAACUCCGCUAUCCCGUGAGAUUGAAAAAAAAAACACGCGCA